UAUUAAAGGCGACGGUACAAACAACUUCUUUACUUGAACAUUCUAAGARAUAAUUGUAGGAGAGGCUUCUAGAAAUAUAUAAAGAAUAGUUUGAACGUUCUAGAUGUAAACUUUAAUGUUAAAGUUGCUUACAGCGGUAAUCUUAAUGCUUAAAGAUUUGAAAUCGAGCUCAUUCACGACAAACUCUUAAAGAUGGAAUAUGACUCCAGGUUGUACGAUAUUCUACAGGAAUGCUCAACUUUGACGCCACAAGAAGCAGUUCAAAAACUUAAUAAACAAGAAGGAUUUAUUACAACUGUUAUUAGUAGUUUAUCAGAUCAAUACAAAAAACAGGCUGGUCAUCCAAUUUAUAGCACAUUGUUUGAAUUGUAUCGAAGUAAAAACAAAGAAGCUCGAUGUUUUGUACUACAGUUCUUGCCUUCUAUUAUUUGGAUUUAUCUUUCAGCUAAAUCUCGACGAGAUAAACAGGGCUAUGGAAGACUGGAAGCCAUUCUUCUGUCUAUAUAUAAUGCAGAGGUUCAAGACAGAAAUGAAAGAAAAAAUCAAAAAUCAUUUAGACUGCCAUCUUUAUCAAGACCAUCAAUUUAUCAUGAGUCAUCAGUGGAUAUAAUGUCCCAGUCUGCAUUGACUGAAAGUGCUCUAAGUCGCCAUGAACUUGCUGAAACACCAAUACUGGGCCCAACCAAAGAAAUUAGCAAAGUUACUGCAUCUAACAGGAUGUCAGUUCUAUGUGUUGCUUUAAGACAAUACAAAAAGUUUAUUCUUUUUCUUCAUAAAUCCUCAUACGAUAGCUUCUGGCUGAUGGCAAUAAGAGUUGCAGCUGCUGGUUUUUCUAGCAUGUGUGCUCCUGAAACUACAACAUGUCAACUAGCUGAUGUCAUAAGUAAUGAAGAGCUGUCAAGAUUAGCAAAUCAUCCAAGAAUUCCUCUCAGUGCUGAAUACAUUCAAGAGCUUAUUCAUUCUUUAUAUUUCUUGAUGUACAAUGGUUGUGCUAUUCAGGCUUGCAGGGCAAUAGAGAGUCUUCAUUUUAGAGCAUGUCACAGCUUACUUGCGUCUGCUAAUGUUCUAAGCAAUGCUGUUAUGCACUCMCUUAAGACAACUAACAUGAUGCCUCAAAAUGGUCCCCUUGGAUUACAAGUGCACAGGUCAGAUUCACAUCAGACAAGUCAAGACUAUGUGAAAUACCCGUCGGCCUUCAUAACUCACGGUAUGGUGACAGCCCUGCCUAUCCGUGACUUAAGACUAGCAGACGCUGAUGUCGGCGACAGUGAGGAYAAUAAACCAUUCCAAACACACAAGAAAACUAAUGGUACUGAUUACUGGCAAAAUUCCCUUCCUGUAACCACAUCAAAUAUUGAACUUACAGAGAUGCCUAAUAACGAGCCUGACAAUGCCUUCACUGAGGACACAACGCAAAAUAGUGACAUAUACACUACAAAGUUAUAAACAGGAUAUUAUCAUUUGAUCAGGGAAAUCUCAUUUAGAUGAAAUAAAGGAUAGUGUUAUGAAUAUCCGCUCCUCCUCCCUGGGGAGGGAGGGGGAGGGGGGAGGGACGCGAGACAUAGACGGCAGGAUAGGCAUUUGUGGGUCGAAUCUGAUCACAACAAGAUUAGGUCUGCCGUUAGGGGGACUCCCUGGUAAAAGUACCGGUGAUGCUCGUCGGAAAUUUUCAAAAAGRACSCUGAAAGAUCCCGGAAGUCUUGAAAAAAGGGCGUGGCUGACUGAUUUUUAACCUCUAAGAGAUUGCACAACAAAUAUUGUUAAAUUAAAUCAGUUCAAUGAUAAAAUGUACAAAAUAUUURGUGACAAAACAAAACGCAGAGAAAAGUCAAUAUGGAUGCGCUCUUUCUCUUCUUUUCCGACAGCCUAACAGAUUGCAGAAAAUGCAAAUUUCGGGAACGCCUGUUAGCAGACUAUAUAGACUGUAAUAGCCUGAUGACUGAGGGAGAGAAGUCAGAAUCUAAAUUGUCCGCUAACAUCCACUUUUCCAGAGUUUAAUCAUUAUUUUUUUGAAAACCGAUUUUCCCAAAAUGAAGAUGGGUAGGUGAUAGGUACCUGUGCGAGGAAAACUAUACGAGGAAAACUAUAGUCUAUCAGUGCCUGCCUUCUCUAGUAGCUCUUUCAAGACGUGAUCUUUCCACUCUAUUUUGAGAAUUAUCCUUAGACAUUUAUUGUGAAACAUAUUUAUCCGUUGGUCCGUCUCCUUUGUUUAUUUUCCAUGUUUCGCACCCAURAUAAGCACCGAUACAACUAGAGUUUGCUUUGUUCUCAUAUAAUAUAUACAUCUUUCACUAAACCGUAUACGUGUAUGGGUAUGGGAAAUAUUCGCUACCCUUUCCAUUAAACAGAUCUUACACGAGAAACUGGCCGGGUAACUUAUCGGGUAGGCUCGGGUAGACAGAUGAUGAUAAACAUACUCAGACAAAGACGAUGUAAWUUUUUUUAAUUAUAAAAAUAACUUUUCAAUUAAAAUCCUAUGGUUGUCUCA